AGCGGAGGAAGAGGAGACGGAGGAGGAUGCACCGGGCUGCGGGCGGCCCGGCCCGCAGUGCCUGAGGCGCAGGGAGUGGCCGUCGCCUCCUGCGAGCACCAUUCCUGAGAUGGCGGCGCGGCGGCUGCUCGGGGAGCCGAGGAGGGGUCAGCCGGGCGCAGGCUGAGCCCCGCCGGGCCGGGGGCUCGCCGGAGACCCGCGCGCUCGGGGGAGCUGUGGCCCGCUGGCCGGCAGGCCUGCGGAGCGGUGAGGCCGGGGCGGCCCCGAAGCGGAGCGUGACGCCGGGCCUGGGGAGGCCGCGAUGGCGAACGCCAGCGAGCCGGGCGGCGGCGGCGGCGGCGGCGAGGCGGCAGCCCUGGGACUCAAGCUGGCCACGCUCAGCCUGCUGCUGUGCGUGAGCCUGGCGGGCAACGUGCUGUUCGCGCUGCUCAUCGUGCGGGAGCGCAGCCUGCACCGCGCCCCGUACUACCUGCUGCUCGACCUGUGCCUGGCCGACGGGCUGCGCGCGCUCGCCUGCCUCCCGGCCGUCAUGCUGGCGGCGCGGCGGGCCGCGGCCGCCGCGGGGGCGCCGCCGGGCGCGCUGGGCUGCAAGCUGCUCGCCUUCCUGGCCGCGCUCUUCUGCUUCCACGCCGCCUUCCUGCUGCUCGGCGUGGGCGUCACCCGCUACCUGGCCAUCGCGCACCACCGCUUCUACGCCGAGCGCCUGGCCGGCUGGCCGUGCGCCGCCAUGCUGGUGUGCGCCGCCUGGGCGCUGGCGCUGGCCGCGGCCUUCCCGCCCGUGCUGGACGGCGGCGGCGGCGACGACGAGGACGCGCCGUGCGCCCUGGAGCAGCGGCCCGACGGCGCCCCCGGCGCGCUCGGCUUCCUGCUGCUGCUGGCCGUGGUGGUGGGCGCCACGCACCUCGUCUACCUCCGCCUGCUCUUCUUCAUCCACGACCGCCGCAAGAUGCGGCCCGCGCGCCUCGUGCCCGCCGUCAGCCACGACUGGACCUUCCACGGCCCCGGCGCCACCGGCCAGGCGGCCGCCAAUUGGACGGCUGGCUUCGGCCGCGGGCCCACGCCGCCCGCGCUCGUGGGCAUCCGGCCGGCAGGGGCGGGCCGCGGCGCGCGCCGCCUCCUCGUGCUCGAGGAGUUCAAGACGGAGAAGAGGCUGUGCAAGAUGUUCUACGCCGUCACCCUGCUCUUCCUGCUCCUCUGGGGGCCCUACGUCGUGGCCAGCUACCUGCGGGUCCUGGUGCGGCCCGGCGCCGUCCCCCAGGCCUACCUGACGGCCUCCGUGUGGCUGACCUUCGCGCAGGCCGGCAUCAAUCCCGUCGUGUGCUUCCUCUUCAACAGGGAGCUCAGGGACUGCUUCCGGGCCCAGUUCCCCUGCUGCCAGAGCCCCCAGGCCACCCAGUCCACCCUGCCCUGCGACCUGAAAGGCAUCGGUUUAUAAGGGGCUCUUCCCCCGCCAUGCGCACUUCAACCCGGCCUUUUCCUUUGGCUUGGACGGUGACGUCGUUCCUCCCCCUUCUGCCCCUUUUUUCAUUUUCUAAGCUGCCUUCAAAACGACUCUCAAAGUGGAUAAACACUUGGAUUGUACAGACUUCUUCGUGGGGAGAGGGUUUCGAAGUUCCAGCCCCACCCCAGCUCCGCGUGUUCAUCCUCUUUAAUGUAUUUUCAUCUUAACAGUAGGCCCUGCAGUCUUUGUGCUGGUACUGAUGUCUUACUCCAUGUGUUACUCCUAUGGGUUUUUUUUUGUUUGUUUGUUUUUUGUUUUUUUUUUAAAUGAAGGCUAAACUAAUUUUCUUCAUGCAACCUUUCCUAAAGACCAUGGCCAGUUUUCUACAGAAGCUAUUUUUGACAACCUCAAGUGGCAUUCAUUACAUUUUGCGGUGAAGUAGAGGAACCCGGGGGGACUUCACAAGUUCGAUUUCUUGAGGGUCUUCUGUUGGAAGCAGGAGAAAGAGGGAAAGUUGUCUCACGUUCCCUCUGAAAUGCGGGCCGUGCGGUCAGUGGGACUGCUCUCGUUCUUUGAAGGUAUUGAGAACUCUGUUCAGUAUUGAUACUGAGUUUAAAGAGCAGAAAUGGGAGUGAGCAGCAAGGCAGCCAUUUUUGAUCAGGGACAAGUAAGAUUUGUUCCCCACCUUGCUUUAUGCCACUAGAAAAUGCCCUUUGUACUUUACCAAUCUUGAGUGGGAACAUUUCUGUAAAACUGCAACUUUUCAAAAGAGUAAAGAGUGUUUUGGUUAGUAAUGGUGCGGAGAAAAUACAGUAUUGCAUGUUUUCGUGAGUACUGAUUGUGGUUCAGGGACUGGGAGGGCUCUGAGACGAGCAAAUCAAAAGUGUUUGGGUAUUUUUUGCCAAUAAAAAUUAAAAUAAUUUUUUGGAAACAGUUUGUGCUUCAAGGAGCCCAGUUUUAUUGUCUUACAAAACUCAUUUCCACUUUGAAAAUUGUUCUUUUGUUCAAGGUAUAGAUGGACUAUAAUGAUACUUGACUUCUUUGAGACAAAACAUUUCCUUAAAAUGUUUGUUAGGUCGAGCUGUGCUGUUCUGCUGGUGGUUGUUUUAAAUUAAUAAUGAGAACUGUAAUUUAAAAUAAUUAUUUCUUUGUUAGACACAUUGUCAUUAAAUUCAAAGACUAAAUUCUGCAAGUACUGUAUAAAUUUUUUUUUUGCUUCUAAUGCUACAUUUUUUAUUAACGUAGCUUCCGUUUUGAGGAUUUAUAUCUGUAUUUCUCUUUGCAUUAUAUAAAUAUACCAGUAUUUUCAUUCUGGAGUGGGUUUUUGUUGCCGUGGUUUGAGGCUAUGACAGGUAGUAAUAUAUGUGUAAGCAAGGUAGUCAUGUUCUGUUAUCCUUUCAGUGCAUGCUGUUUAGUUGACCAUCAGAAUUUCUAAGACAUUUGAGGCUUGUUAAUCUAAAGUGCAAGAUAAAAAUCUGCAAAUCUUUUUAAAGGGAAAAAGUGGUAGAUAUAUAUACUGCUUUAAAACUGUUUUUUUAUGAACAUAAAACAUGAGUGUGAGCAAAGUAAUCAUUUUGAUAAAAUAAUCAUUAAAAAUGGGUGCAAUAAAUAUACUGAAAUUUGAGUUGGGCAUAAUAUAAAGUAUUUAAUGUUCAGUCCAAGAUGGGUAAGUCAUAAUAAGAGGGGGUGGCUAAAUUAUCUCAGGUGAAAUGGCCAGCAUCAUUUUAUUUUGUCUGUAAAAGUCAUUCAGUGUAUGCAGACAGUCUCAAAUUUGGAAAAUAUGAGUAACUCUUAGCCUGUUUCUCCCCAGGUUGUAAGACCAGGUAGACAUCCAUUAUCCAAGGGCCAUUUAUCAGAAAUCUCAGCUAAUCUAAAGACAAAGAGGCCCAGGAAGUAAAUCUCUCUUCCUCUAACCUCUCAUCCACCCAAGUGAUCCAAGUGCAAAAAACAGAAGUCACUGAGCCCGUAUGAUCUUCAGAAUUCUGAGCACCUGCCAUGACACAGGAACCAAGGCAUCAGGGCUAACUCCUGUGCAACCUCAGCCUUAGGCAGUAGGUCAAGGGCACAGAGAUAGCCUCUGGGCUCUAUGUGGCCUUGAGUUCACAGAUGCUUUUCCAUAGGAGAAUCCAUAAGCCAGGGAUUCUCGAAUGUUAACAUUCAUAACAACAAUCACCUUAAGUACUUGCAGGGUCCAGAGGUUCUUAUUAGAAGGAGUUGGGGCGGGACCCAGGAAAGAGCAUCUUCAACAAGAUGCCCCAGAAGUUGGACGCACACUCCAGGCCUUUGCUCAAACCCGAUUUACUCAGACACCACGUGUACACACUUGGUGAUCUGGGUUUGUCUUGCUUUGUUCUGAUUGGAUGGGAGGUUUCUAAUGAGAAUUCAGGCGAUGAGUAAUGAGAAAUGACAGGCAACUGUAAAGGAAAAAGAAAAGAACCAAGAGAGGCAGGGAAACAAGCUGUCCGGGGGAAUUCUGUGUAGGAGCAAAAUCCCCUCACACCUCAAUAGUUUUUUGCCCAAUGAAUGUAUUAACCUGUACUUUGUUAACUAUAUUAAUAAAAAAAAUCAAGAAAAAGU